AGUGCUAACACAGCAGUCAGGGAGGAGUUCGCCUGGCGGAGGAUGCGGGCAGCGAGCUUCGUUACAUGGCCUUCUUUGCCCACUGCUUUUGCACGGAGCUUUAGAGGAGGAGCGCUCUCUCAUCAUGCUGGCGGCUUUCAUAUGCAUCACACGCGUAUGCAUACCAUGACCGGCCACCCCGGCCACCAUCACCUUCGUUGGAGGCAGCCGCAAAGAUGGUGCAACACCCGAGAGCGUCGAUACGAUGGUCUAUGCGAUCCCAACGCGGGGCCGCGGCGGUUGGUGGUGCGCUGCUUGAACCGGAUUAUGCUUGAGCCGUCUGAGGUGGUGAGGGAUGAAGAAGGAAACCUGUCUGCUACACUACCCGCUGCAGACAGUCGAACCGCCCACGUAAGAGGUGUGCUGAAGGUGGAGAACGGGGAGUCUGUUCGCGUCGGAGUGGUUAACGCGGGACGGAUGGAUGACGCUUCUAUCGCCUGGGAAGAGCCGACCGAUCCGCCAGAGGGUGCACCGCCCCCAGACAUCCCGGGGAGACAGAAGGGCCGAAAAUCGUCCCCUAAGUGGAUGGACUUAGUCCUAGAUCUCGGCCCGAGCGAUCGGCAGCUACUCAAGCCGGUCCCGGAUGAGCAACGACCGAAGGUGGCUCUUAUGCUGGCCGUCCCGCGGCCGCUCCAGCUCGAACGUAUCUUGCCAGUUGUUGCCAGCUUAGGGGUGACCACAAUCGUGUUGUGCCAGGCGAAAAAGGUACCUAAAUUCUACUUUGGCUCGCACUUUUUUCGAGACCCGCCGAGCGUGAGGGAAAAGCUCAUUGAAGGACUGUCGCAGUCGGGCGACACAGUCAUGCCCGAGGUCAUGGUGGCCCGUCGCCUCAAGAUUUUUCUUGAAGACGACUUAGAUCGGUGUUUUCCGCGAGAUCGGUGGGUGAGAGCCUUGGCACAUCCCACGAGGCUGCCUGCGCAAGUAUCCCGAUGUGCUGGAGGGGAGGCGACCGCGGCGGCAACAGCAGCCGGGGGAGAGGGUGUGGGGGUAGAAGCGGGUGUAGUUGCCGCUACCGCGCAAAGUGGACGGGUUGAUGGCGUGGAGAGCGAUGGUGCUGCGACGGCACCGGUACCGGCACUAAGGUUCUCGCAAAUCGAGCCCCCAAAAGGAUGCGAUCCGGCAGAUGUUGGUGUGCUAGUUGCCGUCGGCCCUGAGGGGGGGUGGGUAGAACCGGACGAGCUUCAGCUCCUGCAGUCCUUCGGAUUUCAGGCUGUGACGCUGGGGUCCCGAGUGCUUAGAUCGGACGUGGCUGUCAACGCUCUUCUCGCGUUGGCCCACGCCUGGGUAGACGAACGGGCUGCUGGCACCCAAUAUUCUGCGGUCCAACAAGAAACAUCGGUGGCACCGGCGCAAUAG